CCACAUUUAUUCUCGGAGCAUGCUUUUCGUUUUCUGAUAAUUUGUUGGUUAAACAUCUGUAUUUUUUAAAAUUAAUGGCAGUAAAUAUCAUUAAUCCUUAAUAGACAAUGAGUGUUAUUUCUGUGCGGUCGGAAAAUAUAGUUGACAAACAAUGGGAAAUUGUCGAAAAAGAGUUGCAGGACCAUGUAGAAGCGUUACAACGGCGCUCUGAUCAGUUACUUUUAAGAAAUUUGAACAGAUUAAAGGAUCUUGAGCAGUUAUCUUCUAGAAAUUCUCGAAAGAAGAAAUCUAAAUUCGAAGAUUUACAACGUUUCGACGCAACCCAGGAGAAAAAGCAAGAGUUAAUAGAGCAACGCAAGGAAUUUGAAAAAAAAUAUAAAAACGUAUUUGAAGGUUUUUGUAAUGAAAUUUCAAAGUUGGUGACGUCUCAUCAAAUCGUUGUUGAAAGAGAAUUUAGAAAAUUUGAAGCUAGUUUGCCGAUCUAUUCAAAGAGGUCGACGAUUUUAGAAGCCGUUCACUCGACUCAAGUUGUUGUUCUUGUCGGAGAAACUGGAUCAGAGAAAAGUACACAGCUUGCUCAGUAUUUGGCUGAGGAGGAUUCAAAAGAAGGGAUAAUUUUUGUUACCGAACCUGACAAAUCUACCGCUCUGGGUUUAGCCAAGCAAGUUUCAAAUGAAUUUCUUUGUAAGCUUGGUGAUGAAAUUUGUGUGAAUUCUAGCGUCAAUGAUAAAACAAAAAUAAAAUUUGCCACCCAUAAAGAUUUAUUGAAUGAGGUAAUCAAGGGUGAUGAAAUUAUUCAGCAAUGCUCAGUUAUUAUUAUUGACCAAGCUCAGGAAAGGUCUGUUGAUGUUGAUAUGCUUCUUGCAGUGCUAAAGCAGUCAUUGCAGUGUUUUUCUCAUCUAAAACUUAUUAUUGUAUCAACCCAGCAGAAUAGUUGUGUUUUCCAAGAUUAUUUUCCUGGUUCCACUAAAAUAACAGUACCAGGGAAAGUAUAUCCUGUCAAGACUGUUUAUGCAGAAAAAAGGCUCCCUAGAUAUGUUGAUGCAGUUUGUGAUAAAGUUGUUGAAGUUUGUCAAUCUAGAGAAGGAGGUGAUAUCUUGGUGUUUUUAGCUCAACCUCAUGAGAUUGAAAAGACCUGUGAAAAAUUGAAGGAGACAUUGGAUGAUGCCAAAUAUAUUAUUCUUCCUCUUUAUGGCAAGCUUGAAUUAGAUCAAAAGUCCAAGGUAUUUGAGACAACGCCGGAGGGAAAAAGAAAGAUUGUUGUUGCAACAAACAUUGCAGAAUCAUGGAUGGUGGUUCCUGGUAUAAAAAUUGUCAUUGAUUCAGGAAUGAAGAUGGAGGCCUCUUUUUAUCCAUUAAAUAACAUGACAACAUUAGAAGCACAACUUGUAAACCAGAAUUCAGCCAAACAACGAGCUAGCAGGGCAGGUCUGACUGGUCCAGGUAAAUGCUACUGCCUCUUCACAAAAUAUGAUUACAACAAAAUGGAAAAAAGCUCAACACCAGGAAUUUCGAAUGUGAAUCUUGAGUUUCCUGUGCUUCAAUUGCUAAGUUUUGGCGUGAAAAAUGUUGAAAGUUUCGACUUUGUUGAAAGUCCUCCUCCAGAAUCACUUGAGAUGGCUUUGAAAAACCUAAAAUCAUUAGGUACUAUUGACGGUUAUGGAACUUUGACUGAUAUUGGCAAUGAAAUACUUCAACUACCUACUGAACCAAGAUUGUCGAAGGCAUUGCUUGAGGGACUGGAACGAGGAUGUGGAGAUGACGCUGUCAUUGCGGCUGCUUUAUUUUAUCGUGGUCAUAAUGUGUUUUGCAGAGGUACGGUUCAUGGGAAUGAGGACUGUGCUUUUCAAAAACAAUUUUGUUUUAGCAGUGGUGACCUUGUGAGUGCAGUGAAUAUUUUUAAGAAGUGGAUGGCUUUGACACGAAAAAAGAAGAUUUUGUUCUGCAAACAGAAUGCUUUAGAUACAAAGCUACUUCGCUCUGUCAGUGAAUGUUUUAAAGAAAUUAAGAACGCUCUAUUGGUCAAACGACCUAAUCUUCAGUUUGAAGUCACCACUGAUGAUGUACGUAAAUCGCUGUGUAAAAGUUUACUGGCAGGAUAUCCCGAGAACAUAGCAAUGCUGUGUGAUAAUAAAGAUGGUGACUAUAUUACAUAUGUGUCAAAAGUUAACGUAAAGAUUCACCCUUCAUCUGUGUUAUCUUUGCUUGGUGAUGAGCCCAAAUAUGUGAUGUACCAAAAACUACACAAAAAUAGUAAGACAGUGUUCAUGGAAAACGUCACUCCGAUUGAAUUUGACUGGCUUUCAGAAGUUUCUGGUUAUGUUGAUAUGCCGUUUGCCUCAAAAUCUCCCGUUAAUCGACAGCGUACCAAACAUGCUAACGAUACUAUUGGAUGCAAAAAAUCGCGUGCUAAAAGCGUUAAGGAACCAGUCUCGAACGGAAAAAGAGUGGACACUACGCAUGCUGAAAUUAGAAACGCUUAUCCUGGUCAUGUUUAUGGUGUCAGUGGAAAUGAUGUUAAUUACGUGAAGCGUAAUCAGUAUCUGGAUCAUUUUGAAGUCUCCGUUUUCAACGUAGGAGGAAUAAAAUUGCUUCUGUCCAAUGCCUUACGAACGGAAUCCAUUCUUCAACCAGAAGCCUGCUGCAAGUUUGAUGUGUUUUUGAGAAAAGUUGAUCUUAAUGCAGGGGUGGAUGCCCAGAAAUUAAUUGCAACUCUCAAAAACUAUGGUAAAGUUCUUAACACAUGUUGCUAUCACAGACCGUCCAAUGAUAAUACUUUUUAUCACUGGGGAACUGUUACAUAUUGUAGCAGUAAGGAAGCCAAGAAGGCUAGUGUGUUCAUCCAGCCACUGAAAGAUUACAUAGGUUCUGAAGAUUUUGCUGGUCAAAACGUUAAAGGUCUUUGCUUAGAACCUACUCAUGCUGAGUGCUUCCCCUCCCACAGCUAUUCUGCGUCCUCUGUGCGUUCAACUGUUAUUGUGAGCUGGUUUCCGCUUCCUGCCCAAAGGUUUGCAUUCGUCAAAUGUGAAAAUGAAGACAUUCUGCAGAAAAUAUUAAAGAGCUUAGUGCAAAAUAUGAGACCACCGCUUUCAGGGUCUUCGGGAGCAUCGAAAAGGACGGACGUUGGUGAUAUAUGUCUUCCUAUUAUUGAAAACGCCAACAAGAGAACGGUGAGAGAAAUUUUAAAGAAAUGUUGUGGCCCUACACUUUUGGAGGGAGUGACUAAAAUCAGAAUCCCACCAAAGCCAUUGUGUCAUUUCAACGUCGAAAAGGAGAAAACGAAACUGACGAAGUUGCUAAUGAAUUAUUCAUCCGCAAAGUUGCAAAGUAUCCGGACUAUAAACAACAAAAAAGUCGAAGCUUUUGUUGUAUUUGUGAACAUGGACAGUGCGCAAACGUUUGUGUCUGAAGUAAACAGAACGUCGGAUUUUUUGGCCAGACUCUAUGAGAUUGCUCCAGCUGCCAAGCGAAAUACCUUUGAGUUGAUGAAACCAGAGGUUAUAAUAAUCGAUGAUCCGGUCACAGCCCGUUAUUUUUUCUCCGGUCUUGGUCGCAAAAGACUCGCGUUUAUUGAGAAGAAAAACAAAGUCAGCAUUUACAGCUGUGAUUAUGGUCGACGAGUUCAGAUUACUGGUUUUCCCACUUCGCACUUGCACUGAAAUGAUUAUGAAAUUAAUCGAAGAAUUUGACAGCAAUCGUGAAACAGAUGUGGUCGAAGUUGACUUAAGCAUUUCCGAGCGACCUGUGGGUACCAUCAGAAAAAUAUUAAAGCAGUUUGGAAAUGAUUUUUUCAAACUUGUUGAAGACGAGAAUUGUGUGGCAUCGCUAGACAUACAACGACGUAAACUUGUAUUUAGCGGUAGCAAACUUUCCAUUCUCAACGUGCAGAGAAAACUGGCAAAGUAUUUUGACUCUAUGUCAAAUAAUUCCAAAAAAUUUUCAAUUCCUGAAACUUGUUGUCCUAUAUGUUUGGCAAACGUUGAAACCAGCUUUACCCUCACACACUGCAAACAUAGCUAUUGUUUAAUUUGUAUAACAUAUUAUAUUUAUGACGUGUUACGUUCUGGGAGAACGAAAAACAAAUUCCCUCUUCAGUGUCUCAAAGAGAAUUGCACUUCCAGCGUGGUCAAAGACGAUUACAUUGCCAUAUUAAAAACAGAAGAUAUUGGAAAGUUAUGCAAGGUAUCUCUGGAAUGUUUCUUGAUCGACAAUCCUAACUUCAAAUCAUGCCCUACCAUUGAUUGCUCGUGGAUCUACGAAGUAAGCGAAAGUCCAAGUGUGUUUUUAUGUCCUGCUUGUAAUUUUCGUUUGUGCAGGAAAUGUGGUGAUUCUGCUCAUGAGAUGUUUAGUACAUGCGAAGAAUACGAAGCUAGUAAAGAUUAAUGACAUGUCAAAGUUUGGACAGUUUGAACUUGGGCCGGCAUUAGUCAGUCCAAGCAUUUGUUUAUAAAUUAUUGCUUAAUUUUAAUUACGUGUAUGCUUAAACGCAAACUUUAUUUGAACUAAGGGCAGUGUAGACUUAGUAAUAGAUAGUUUAGCAAUAUUUUUGUGCACAUAAAAUAUAUUUCACUCUUUCUAUGUUA